AUGAAGGAGUUCCUCUAGAUACGAUACAGUACGCUUUGAUAUACACGCAUACACAAUUUACUUUAGUUUGGAGAUAUUUCCUUCUCCAAAUUGCGAAAGGGCACUUUAUCCUAAGUAUACUCUUUCCCAAAACUCUUGGCUAUCACCAAUCUAAAUAAUGGCUUGCAUUAAGCUAAAGCACCUCGAGGAAUAUCUGCAGACAGUGAACGACUUCAAGGAUCCGAAGGUGCGACUCGAACAGUACCAAACACCGCCACACAUCGCCAGCCAAGCACUGUACGCAAUUCAGACCAAGUAUGCUGAUCUGGAGAAGCGGAUGGUGCUGGAUCUGGGCUGCGGUCCGGGCAUGCUAUCUAUCGGCGCCGCCUUACUCGGUGCCGACUAUGUUCUUGGGGUGGAAAUCGAUCCAGAUGCUGUCGACGAGUUCCGGAACAACUGUGACGAGAUGGAGCUAGACAAUGUUGACUGUUGUCAGGUGAAUGUAAUGAACCUUCCUGCACUGUGGCACGGUAAACCGUUGUUCGAUACGGUGCUGCUUAAUCCACCGUUCGGCACGAAGAAGAAUAGCGGUGUUGAUGUUGCCUUCCUGAACGUUGCCCUAACGCUGGCUCGCAGUGCCGUUUAUUCCUUGCACAAAUCUGCCACAAGAGAGCACAUCAAGAAGAAGGCACAGGAGUGGAACGUUCGUGCAAUCCAGAUAGCGCAACUGCGCUACAAUCUGCCACAGACAUACAAAUUCCACCGACGACCGAAUGUGGAUGUGGCCGUGGAUUUGUGGCGUUUUGAAAGUAAAAACUGCGGCUAGGUUAGCUUUUCAUACUAAUGUCACGAACGCUAAAUUGUGUUAUGUUGGUAACGAACGAGUUUAACCUUCGCAAACUAAUAUUUAGGCCAAUAUGUCCCAACAGUAGCGAGCGAUUAAGAGCGAUUGAUCUUUAUUGUUUGAUCAUGCAUCUUUAGUCAAAAGUGGAAACAACAGGAAUAUUACUGUUUGCUGCACGAUUAACACUAGAGCUAUCAGGGGCUUUUUAUUAUCAACGUUUAUUGUAUAAUCAAUUUCUAUUGUGCGUUAAUAUGUUUUGGAGCUCGUGUUGCAGAACAGAUAUGUAAAAGUCAUGCAUCAACUCUGCACUCUGCAAUCUCGAGAAUGAGUGCAAUUAAAAUUAAGCUUACAAUGUAGUAAAAUUAGCUCGGCCGGUAAUUCUAGUGUUAAGAGACAACAUUCUGGUGUAAAGACAUUAGUGCGUUUUAGUUCGAUCCAGAUUUUUAAAUUAGCUUUCGAUACGUCAGUUUAUAUUUUUAUACUAUUUCCAGUUUUUGAUACGGUAGUUUUUUUUUUAUUUGUUAAGCACACAAGUUAAGCGUAAACAGAUACAAGCAGCCUUGCACCCGAAAAAUAUAGAUUUCCAAUAUUGUGUAUAGAUUAUCCUAACUUGUUCACACUGCAAUAACAUCGCGCUAUAUAGGGCCAUCCACGCCUCGAAGGUAAAAACUUCGGGUGAAACCACCUUCCAAUAAGUCAAACCAAGAUCCCGGCAUGCGGCUGUCCUACGUUGCGGAUAUGUGGAAGAACAACGGGGCAACCGCAACAAUUACGAGCUGUACGGUGAUGAGUUCACUGAGCUAAACUCACCACGCCCCGGAUGACCCAACAGGAGAUCAGUCAGAAAAGAACAAGGAACUAAUAAAGAUGAGCUUCGAAGAGAUGAAGAGAAACAAGCGUACGACAAG